UGAACACAUCCUCUACCUAUCCAUGCUCCCUCGAUCACGAGCACGUAGUUGGCGCCUCUUACCUAACCGGCAUAAUUAGUUGAGGCAUGCCCUGGUUGCUGCCCAGAUCACGAACGUACCCAGCAUUAUAAAUACGCACGAACCGAAUCUCGCAACCAAAACCACACUAGAAAAAAAGAUUUGUAUUGAUCGAGAACUAGCUCUAGCUGCAGCGAUGCCUCGCUCUUGCUGCCUGGCGGCGUCAGUACUGCUCCUCGCGCUCGCCGUGGCGGCCAGCGCCACCUCGCCGGCGGCCUCACCGUUCGAGGCGCGCCAGCAGGACAAGCGGACCAUCCCGAGCGACGCGCACCUCGAGGAGGCCACGCGCCUGCUGGCCGCGGAGGGCGCGACGCUGGCGGCCAUCUGGGCGGCGAAGAAGGACACGCUGGCGAGGCCGCUUGAGGAGCAGCCGAGCGGCGGCGUAGCCACGCAGGGCGACGACCAGAGCUCGUCGGGAAGCGGCGAGCACGGCAAGGAGGGCGAGAAGCAGGGCAAGAGCUGCCUCACCAAGGAGGAGUGCCACAAGAAGAAGCUACUCUGCGGCAAGGGCUGCACGCUCUCGGCGCACAGCAAGUGCGCCGCCAAGUGCACCAAGUCCUGUGUCCCCACCUGCUAGAAGGCAGGAGCCAUUCAGUUCCGUGGUGAAGUCAGUUUGAGCGUUGGCGUGUAGUCUUGAACUCCUGAUUAGGUCUGGGAGUCAGUUCUGUAGUAGUAGAUAGACCAUGGAGGGGGAAUAAGGAAGGGCACUUGCUGCAUGCGUAAACCGCUGGUGUCUUAUCAUUUGUUUGGGCUACAGUUUGUGUGAAGGUCGGUCACGUGAUGGAUAAUCUUGUGGAAAUUUUAAUCUGAAUGGAAGUUCAACCUGUUUGUUGCAU